AUGAAUAACGAAUACGAUUAUUUGUUCAAGUUGUUGUUGAUUGGUGACUCAGGUGUUGGAAAGUCUUGUUUGCUUUUACGAUUUGCUGAUGACACUUACACUCCUGAUUACAUUUCAACCAUUGGAGUUGAUUUCAAGAUUAGAACCAUUGAAUUGGAUGGUAAAACCAUCAAGUUGCAGAUUUGGGAUACUGCUGGGCAAGAACGGUUCAGGACCAUCACUUCUUCAUAUUACCGUGGUGCUCAUGGAAUUAUCAUUGUUUACGAUGUGACUGAUCAAGAAUCUUUCAACAAUGUUAAGCAAUGGUUGCAGGAAAUUGAUAGAUACGCUACUGGUGGAGUAAUGAAAUUAUUGGUUGGUAAUAAAGCAGAUUUAACUGAUAAGAAGAUUGUUGAAUAUACAGCUGCUAAGGAGUUUGCUGAUGCUUUAGAUAUUCCCUUUUUAGAAACAAGUGCUUUAUCUUCAACUAAUGUUGAACAAGCUUUCUACACCAUGGCAAGGCAGAUUAAAGCACAAAUGACUAAUAAUGCUACUGGCAAUGCUGGUGCCAAUGCCAAUGCUAAGAAGAAUGUCAAUUUGAGAGGACAUCUGUUAACCAAUAACCAAAACUCUGGUUGUUGUUAA